AUAUAUAUACGCAAACACACAUGUUUGUAGACGAUGAAGAGAGAAAAGAGGAGAUAGGAAUCGGGCGCGGCCGUGGGUGAUGGAAAGCCCGACGGCAACGGAACGCAGACCACGGCGGCUGAGCCGAUACCGAGAAUUGGUAGAAGACAAAUAUGGUUUGGUUUCGCCGUACCGGCGAAAGUUUGUGUUCGAAGACAAGGAAACAUUUGAUUUUAAGGGUUGGUACGAUUCCGACGACGAAGACUUAGACGACCAUCUCGACGUUCAUCGCACCAUUAAGAGAUUCCUCCAACAAGUCCGCGAAAGUGGGGGUUAUGAUUUGGAUUGUUGUCCACCUAGUUGGUUCCACGUUCCUUUCCGGCCUAUAGAUCUCGCCGAUGCCAAGAACAACGAUCAGCCAUUUUAUAAUGAAUUGAUCAAAGCAGCACAUUUUGCAAUCAACGAAAUUAAUGCUGAGAUGACUGAGAAAUGUUACGAGCUUGUGGAAGUGGAAAGAGUGGUUUUGACAUCGACGUGGACGAAGCUUUUGACAUUUACUGCUAAGGAAGAAGUUAUGAGAAACGCGUGUGCUGAUUUUGAGUCUGAUUCAGAGGUUGAUGGCGAUGCAUCCAUUAAGACUAUUCAAGCAAUGGUACAUGAAUGUUUUGAUGAUUCUUUAGAGCUUGAACAAUGGAGGUUUAAGCCCCUUCCUCUUGCUAUGGAGCUUUGAUUCUUGGCGUGGCGUUUCCUUUUACAUUCUCGUACGUAUUAUAAAUAUACACCACAUGUACUCAUCCAUAUAUAUGAGAUGACAAUCGGCUUCUCGCCCCCUAUGCUUAAAUUCCUAGACCCAAUUUUGUCUUAAUUAGGGUUUUCAUUAAGAACAUUUAAUUUGAGGAUGUCAAGUUCCAACUUAUAUGUUUUUAUUUUGUUUUUUCAAA